ACAUCUUUAUUAAAAUGCUGUUUUUCUACUUUUUUCCUAAUUCUGCUGUGCCAUGGUCUACAGCACUGGUACUCAGUCGAGCAAGCAGACGAAGGUUUGUCUCUGAACGAAUCUCUAGUACCUCCUACCCCCUAUUCCUCCGCUAGCCCUCAAUGUACAGAAUACAGCAUGACGACCAGCCUUAAUAAGUUGCUAGCGUGGCAGGACCAACCAGUAACUGAAAGUGGAGAUGUACGUGUGGGCGUCGAGCGGUGGUUGUUUCCUACUGAAGGGAUAGGUUCAAGCAAUCCGAUGAUAAACCGAGUAGGUCUGUCUAGCUGGCCCUCUCAAACUAUAGAAUCAAAUAGUCUCAAGGUCAAGGGAAUGACGGCCACCGUACCCUGCGGGUCAGGGGAGCAGAGACGACAAGAAUCAUGCUCCUGGCGCACCCGAAUAGUGACUGAGGCUCAAUCGGAGUUCGCAAACGCAGUCACCUCCUUCGGUCGAUCGCCUAAUCAAGCCUCGAUAUCCCCUCCUGAGCAGAACAUAAGACAGGUUUCUCUUCUAAAUGAUGCGUCUUCACCGUCUCUUACUUUACCAAUGCCUGAAUGUGAAUCUUCUCUUGCAUUAGCUGAUUCGUCUGACUCACGUGGACAACAGUUAGAUUCCAUCGACAACGGUGUCAACUUGAGGAUCGAAGAGAAUGGAAAGGAGAAUAAAUCAUGUGUAUUGAGAAAAAAUGCUGUUUCAUCAAUUAUCCCGUCAGCAUUGCCCGAGCCCAGACGCUGUACUCCUCUUCCCAAUAUGCCAUCUGAACAAAAAAUUAAUUCACUCUUGAAGGAAAGUCAAGUGCAAGAAAAUUAG